GGAAUUGCUACAUGCAGGAUUACCUGGGGAAAAACCAGAGUCUCACUUUGGUCCCUUCCGGUAAUUGAAAAGACUGGGCGUCAGGAAGGGGGAGGAGAGAGCUUCCCUCCAUAAAUGGUCCCACCCCUGGGCAAGGUGGCUCACUUUGGCAGGUAGGAACGGGGGAGUGUGCACCUGCCACCAGUCAAGCUCAGCCAGACUGUGAGAAGAGACAAGGCGGAGCAAGCCAAGGCAGUGAGUGAACCAUGGACAGAUUGAAGUGGCCGAGCUUCUUCAAGUGCAGAGGGAAGGAGAAAGUAACAGCUUCAUCGGAGAAUUUCCAUGUUGGUGAAAAUGAUGAAAAUCAGGACCGUGGUAACUGGUCCAAAAAGUCAGAUUAUCUUCUUUCUAUGGUUGGAUAUGCAGUGGGAUUGGGAAAUGUGUGGCGAUUCCCAUAUCUGACCUACACCAACGGUGGAGGUGCUUUCUUGAUACCCUAUGCAAUUAUGCUAGCAUUGGCUGGUUUACCUUUGUUUUUCUUGGAAUGUUCACUUGGUCAAUUUGCUAGCUUAGGCCCAGUUUCAGUCUGGAAGAUUCUGCCAAUGUUUCAAGGUGUGGGAAUCACAAUGGUCCUGAUUUCCAUUUUUGUGACAAUCUAUUAUAAUGUCAUAAUUGCCUAUAGUAUCUACUACUUGUUUGCUUCUUUUCAAAGUGAACUGCCAUGGGCAAAUUGUUCUUCUUGGUCAGAUAAGAACUGUAGCAGAUCUCGUAUAGUAACUGGAUGUAAAGUGAGUACAGGAACAGGAGAUAUGAUUGUGAAUAUAAGCUGGGUGCAUGCCAAUAACUUGACCUGUUUGAAUGGUAGUGAGAUUACUCAGCCAGGACAGCUUCCCAGUGAACAGUAUUGGGAUAAAGUGGCACUUCAGCGGUCAAGUGGAUUGGAUGAUACCGGAGUAAUUGUGUGGUAUUUAGCACUUUGUCUUCUUCUGGCUUGGCUUAUAGUUGGAGCAGCACUAUUUAAAGGAAUCAAGUCUUCUGGCAAGGUGGUAUAUUUUACAGCUCUUUUUCCCUAUGUGGUACUCCUCAUUCUGUUAAUACGAGGUGCAACAUUGGAGGGUGCAUCAAAAGGCAUUUCCUACUAUAUUGGAACACAGUCAAAUUUUACAAAACUUAGGGAAGCUGAGGUUUGGAAAGAUGCUGCCACACAGAUAUUUUAUUCCCUUUCAGUGGCUUGGGGUGGCUUAGUUGCUCUAUCAUCUUACAAUAAGUUCAAUAACAAUUGCUACUCGGAUGCCAUUGUAGUCUGUUUGACAAACUGCCUCACUAGUGUGUUUGCUGGAUUUGCUAUUUUUUCUAUAUUGGGACACAUGGCUCAUAUAUCUGGACAGGAAGUCUCUCAAGUUGUAAAAUCAGGUUUCGAUUUGGCAUUCAUUGCUUAUCCAGAGGCUCUAGCCCAACUUCCUGGCGGUCCAUUUUGGUCCAUAUUAUUUUUCUUCAUGCUUUUAACAUUGGGUCUCGACUCUCAAUUUGCUUCAAUUGAAACAAUUACAACAACUAUUCAAGAUUUAUUUCCCAAAGCAAUGAAAAAAAUGAGGAUUCCUAUAACUUUGGGUUGCUGCUUGAUUUUGUUUCUCCUUGGUCUCGUCUGUGUGACUCAGGCUGGAAUUUACUGGGUCCAUCUGAUUGAUCACUUCUGCGCUGGAUGGGGCAUUUUGAUUGUAGCUAUACUGGAAAUUGUAGGAGUCAUCUGGAUUUAUGGAGGGAAUAGAUUCAUUGAAGAUAUAGAAAUGAUGAUUGGAGCUAAGAGGUGGAUCUUCUGGCUCUGGUGGAGAGCUUGCUGGUUUGUCAUCACACCUAUUCUGUUGUCUGCAAUUUUUGUCUGGUCUUUGGUACAAUUUCAAAGACCUGAUUAUGCUAAUAUUCCAUAUCCUGACUGGGGAGUUGCUCUAGGCUGGUGUAUGAUUAUUUUCUGUAUUAUUUGGAUACCAAUAAUGGCUGUCAUAAAAAUAGCUCAGGCUGAAGGAAACAUUCUUCAGCGAAUUAUAAGCUGCUGUAGACCAGCUUCUAACUGGGGUCCAUACCUGGAAAAACAUCGUGGAGACAGAUAUAAAGACAUGGCUGAUCCUGCAAAGGAGAUUGACCAUGAAAUACCUACUAUUAGUGGCACCAGGAAACCAGAAUCAGACGUUGCUUUUUAAAACAUCUGGUUGCUAUAUAAUGUGAUUUUUUUAGAGUAGGGAAAAUUUUUAUUUAUUUGUAUGUUAAUCAAAUGGAAAAAUGUACAUGCCAUGUUCACUGUAGGGUUGUAAGUAUUUUUCUCAUUUAAUCAAGAACGAAAUAUAAAACAUGUGAAUCAAUGUUUAGAUAUGUGUUUGUAUUUCUUUGAGGAUUAGCUAUUUGUAUAGUACACAUGCAUAACCGCUUUACAAUGACAUUUUGUAAAUAUUACUGUAAAGUUUUUCUAAUAUACUGAAGGUUUCUUGAGAGAUUAUUACUUAGUAAAUAGUUAUGCUAUCUAUUUUUCAAUUUUAAUGAUAUUUGAUUCUGCAUUCUUAAGAUGUACUUUUUCUUUUUCACAGAAUGGGGAAACAGUAAGUCAGUAUAGUUAAAAUCAAGUGUU